GUGAGCAGCUAGCCGACCACCACCACUAGCAGCGGCGCUUCGCCCAACGCCAGCGCUCGGCUUAUCACGCGCGCCUUCGAGUUCGAGAUCGUCACUCUCCGAGCCGGGGACCGGCACCGCAGCCAACCCGCACCAGCAGCAAUGAACAAAUCCAGCGCCGUUUCCCGCCCUUGCUUCUUCCUCGUCGCCGCCGCGGCGCUUUGGGUCUUGACGCUCUACCUGCGCCUCCUCGCCCUGAUGAGCGUGCCCGGCGCGUUCACGGGGCGCGCCGCGUCACCGCCCGUCCCGGUCGACGGGAAUGGCAGCGGCGCCGGCGGCGACCCCUGCGGCGGCCGGUACGUCUACGUCCACGACCUGCCCCCGCGGUUCAACGCCGACAUCCUCCGCGGCUGCGCCGCGGCCAACGACCGGUGGGCCGACAUGUGCGAGGACAUGGGCAACGCCGGCCUCGGGAGGCCGCUCUCCGGCGGCGCGCUCACGGGCGCGACCGGGUGGUACGCCACGCACCAGUUCGCGCUGGACGCCAUCUUCCACGGCCGGAUGCGCCAGUACGGGUGCAUCACCAACGACUCCUCCGCGGCGGCGGCCGUGUUCGUCCCGUUCUACGCCGGCUUCGAGUUCGCCCGGCACGUCUGGGGGUACGACAACGCGGCGCGGGACGCCGCCGCGCUGGACCUGGUGCGAUGGCUCGUGCGGCGGCCCGAGUGGGGGAGGGCCGGCGGCCGCGACCACUUCCUGGUAGCGGGGCGGACGGGGUGGGACUUCCGGCGCGACGCCUACCCCAACGCCACCUGGGGCACCAACCUCUUCCUGCUCCCGGCCGUCAAGAACAUGACGUUCCUUGUCGUCGAGACGGCUACCAUGGGCUGGGGCAACGACCUGGCCGUGCCUUACCCCACCUACUUCCACCCGCGCACGGACUCCGACGUCGUGAGCUGGCAGCACAGGAUCCGGAGCGCCGAUCGCUGGUGGCUCAUGUCCUUCGUGGGCGCGGCGCGGCCGGACGACCCCAAGUCGAUCCGGUCGCAGGUCAUGGACCAGUGCCGCGCGUCGCCGGCGUGCCGGCAGCUGGGGUGCACCUCCGGGACGGCGCAGUGCCACUACCCGGGCGACAUCAUGGUGCUGUUCCAGAGCUCCACCUUCUGCCUCCAGCCGCCGGGGGACUCGGCGUCGCGGCGGUCGACGUUCGACGCAAUGGUCGCCGGCUGCAUCCCGGUGUUCUUCCAGCCGCGGUCGGCGUACCUGCAGUACAGGUGGCACCUGCCCAAGGACCACGCCACGUACUCGGUGUUCAUACCGGCGGAGAGCGUGCGGUCGGGAAACGUGAGCGUCGAGGCGGAGCUGAGGAAGAUACCGCCGGCGGCGAUAGAGAAGAUGAGGGAGGAGGUCAUCAAGCUCGUGCCAAGGCUGGUGUACGCCGACCCGAGGUACAAGCUCGACACAGUCAAGGACGCGUACGACGUCGCCAUGGAUGGCGUCUUGGAGAGAGUGGCGGAGCCCGCGAAGAGGCAAAUAGGGUCCUACUGGCGGUGAAACAGCGGUGGACCUAAGAUUUUAAUCUUACUCCAAAGUAAAACGUCUAGUAUAUUUCUAGGAGAAAUACUAUAGGUAUAUGCUUGUUGGAAAAUCAACCCGCAUAGCGACUGAUCUACCAAGGCGUGUUGAAUCAA